UCAAAUCCAAGUGAAAAAAGACAAUAAUAAUAAUAGUGAACAAAUAUAGGUUGAAGAAGCAAGCACCACUGUUAAUACCCUAAUUGGAAGAGUUUCAGUUUCACCUCCUUUUCUCGUCUCCAGCAUCACAGAGGCUAGUCUUCCUGUCAUCACAAACAAUGGCUGAUGGUCAAGAAUCAGACAAGAACAUUGAGAUAUGGAAGAUCAAGAAAUUGAUCAAGGCAUUGGAAGCUGCUAGAGGUAACGGUACCAGCAUGAUUUCCCUGAUCAUGCCUCCACGUGAUCAAAUAUCUCGAGUCACUAAGAUGUUAGGAGAUGAAUUUGGAACUGCUUCAAACAUCAAAAGUAGGGUGAACCGACAGUCAGUGCUGGGAGCCAUUACCUCUGCUCAGCAGAGGUUGAAACUAUAUAACAAGGUCCCUCCAAAUGGGUUGGUUCUUUACACAGGAACCAUCGUCACUGAAGAUGGCAAGGAAAAGAAGGUGACAAUUGAUUUUGAACCUUUCAAGCCUAUCAAUGCAUCAUUGUACCUCUGUGAUAACAAGUUUCACACAGAAGCUCUGAAUGAACUUUUAGAAUCUGAUGACAAGUUUGGUUUCAUUGUUAUGGAUGGAAAUGGUACCCUUUUUGGGACCUUAAGUGGAAACACUCGUGAGGUGCUUCACAAAUUUACUGUUGAUCUUCCAAAGAAGCACGGUAGAGGAGGUCAAUCAGCUUUGCGUUUUGCUCGUCUUAGGAUGGAAAAACGGCACAACUAUGUAAGAAAAACUGCAGAACUUGCUACUCAGUUUUUCAUCAAUCCUGCAACCAGUCAACCUAAUGUUUCUGGACUUAUACUGGCUGGUUCUGCUGACUUCAAGACUGAGCUGAGUCAGUCCGACAUGUUUGACCCUCGGUUGCAAGCAAAAAUAUUGAAUGUGGUGGAUGUUUCUUAUGGUGGGGAAAAUGGAUUCAAUCAAGCUAUUGAGUUAUCUGCCGAGAUUUUGUCAAAUGUGAAGUUCAUUCAAGAGAAACGCUUGAUAGGGAAAUAUUUUGAGGAGAUCAGUCAGGACACUGGGAGAUAUGUCUUUGGGGUUGAUGACACUCUGAAGGCACUGGAGAUGGGUGCAGUGGAAACACUCAUUGUGUGGGAAAAUUUGGAUAUUAAUAGGUAUGUGCUGAAAAACAGUGUCACUGGUGAGAUUGUCAUAAAGCACUUGGGCAAGGACCAAGAGACUAAUCAAAGCAACUUCCGUGAUGCAGCAACCUCUGCAGAGUUGGAAGUUCAGGAGAAGAUGCCCUUGCUUGAGUGGUUUGCCAAUGAGUACAAACGAUUUGGAUGCUCCCUGGAAUUUGUUACCAACAAAUCUCAGGAAGGGUCACAGUUCUGCAGAGGGUUUGGUGGCAUUGGUGGAAUUCUUCGGUACCAACUUGACAUAAGAUCAUUUGAUGAGUUAUCUGAUGAGGGAGAAGUGUCUGAUUCUGAUUACUGAUCAGUUACAGCAGGAUCAUUACUUUGUUUUGGAUUAUUAGGGCCUCUCCAAGCACGACUUGGAUAUUAAUUAUGGUUUUAAGACUUUGACUUUACCUUUUUUAUUGUUUUUGAUCGUAUGAUGUGUAUCACUUUUUUCCUUUUAAGCCUCAUACAAUUUCCCUUUUUGUUAGUCAAUGUAUGGUUAUGGCAACUCUGCCAGAUUGUUCGUUGAUUCGACCAGUAAGAGCCCUCUGGAAACUCAUACUUUUGCAACAUUUCUUGGUUA